CUGGCAGUCAUGGGCUCAGUAAGCCUCUCUCUGUUGAGUAUCUUUGCAUUCAUCAGUGCCUGUGAUCUCCAUCCACUCAGUCGUCCAGACAAUGGACUUCGUGAGUGCCACAAAAAUAUUAGUGCACCAGCAUUGGAGGUCCUCCCUGGGGGAGGCUGGGACAACCUGCGUAACCUUGAUAUGGGGCGAGUGAUGAACAUGAGCUAUUCCCAGUGCCAGACCACCGAGGACGGCGUGUAUAUCAUCCCAGACGAGGUCUUCGUCAUCCCACAGAAGGUGAGCAGAGUGGAGAUGAACUCAGAGAUCAUCAGUUCAUGGCUGGAACAGAAAAGCACCACUUCAAGCUCCAUUAACGCAGACGGGUCCUUCUUCCCUGUACUCAACGCCAAGUUCUCUACUGAGAACAAACGCAUGAAAACCCAUCAGGUGAAAGACAAUUCUGUCACAUCACGUGUACAGGUGCGUAAUCAUCUGUACACUGUUAAGGUGUUUCCUGAUUUCACUCUGGACACCCGCUUCGCCCGUCAGGUACAGGAAAUCGCAGAUGCCAUCGAGAACAACCAAACCCGUCAGGCAGAGUAUCUGUCAGAGAAGAUGGUAUUUGAUUAUGGCACACACGUCAUCACAAGUGUUGAUGCUGGUGCUACUUUGGUGGAGGAGGACUACUUAAAAUCCUCUUAUGUUUCUGAUAUGCAGUUUUCUCAGUCUUCUGUUUCAGCAUCAGCUGGUGCUAACUUUUUAAAAAUAGUUGAAUUUAAAACUGGUAGUAAUGAAUCUCAAGAAACAUCUGAAACUCGGAGCUACCAGGGUAACAUUACAUACUCCAUAACACUGAGUCAUGGUGGGGCUUUGUUUUAUCCUGGCAUCACUCUACAGAAAUGGCAAGAGAGCACACUAAACAAUCUGGUAGCUAUUGACCGUAGUGGACUACCACUCCACUAUUUUCUUAAUCCAUCAAUGUUUCCAGACCUCCCACUGCCAACAGUGAAAAAACUAGCUCUGUUUGUGAGUCAGGCCAUAGAACGUUACUAUAAAAUCAACACUCGCCCUGGAUGUGUGAAUCCAGACUCUAAAAAUUUUAAUUUCCAAGCUAAUAUAAAUAAUACUUCUUGUGAGGGUCCCAGCACCAACUUUAGCUUUGGUGGAGUUUACCAGCAGUGCACUCCCCUGAAAGAUGGAGAUGCAAUCUGCCAGGAUCUCGCUGCAAAAAACCCAGCCACUGACUCAUAUUCCUGUCAGCAACCAUACUCUGCUACCCUAUUGCGCUCAGAAACACAGGAAAGAUCUUACGAUAAAUACGUGUGCAACACACACUGCGAGUCAUGUGGUUUUCUUUGGCUUUCCACCUGCUGUGAUCAAGUCUGUGGAAAUGUGUACUAUGUUGAGCGUGCACGCAUUGACACCUACUGGUGCUCCACUAAUGAAGUGGCUCCAGAGUUCUCUGGAUAUCUCUUUGGAGGUCUGUAUGGCCCUUCUUUACAAAACCCAUUAACCAAAUCCAGAUCUUGUCCUCCAAAUUUCUUCCCUCAGAAAUUUUUGUCAAAUGGCUUUAUGAUCUGUCUGAGCAGUGACUACGAAACAGCAACCAAAUUCUCUGUACCGUUUGGAGGUUUCUUUAGCUGCCAGUCUACCAACUUGCUUGCAGGAAACCAGUCUCACUGUCCACCACAGUUCAGUCAACAUCUUGCCGCCAUAAGCGAUGGAUGCCAGAUACUGUACUGUGUUCAGUCUGGUGUUUUCACUGGAGGCGAGUUACUACCCAUCCACCUGCCACCUUUCACAAGACCUCCAGUGAUUAUGAUGCUAGACACAAACACUAUAGCUGUGAUGACCGAUGGCGACCGCACCUGGGUGAGAGUCAAAGGCACAAAAAUGUGGAGGGCUGCAAAGCCUGAGGACCUCAACAAAAUAUCCCAGAUAUUUGAAGACUCCCCUCAGUCAGCAGGGAAAAAGGCUGGAGUUGCCGUAGGCGUUCUAGCCUCUGUGGCUGCCGUGGUGAUAGGAGUAGUAGCAGUGUACAUGGUGAAAAAGAGGAGGAGGAUUUUUGGUAGAGGCAGAGGCUAUGAAGAGAUUCAAAGUGCAACACGAAGUGAGACUAGUGUGGAGUCGCCAGCAGAGCGAGAAUCAGAGAGUCAGACUGAAAGCCCAACUCAAGCUCUCUUAGCAUAAUUAGUCUCUGGCGCUGUUUUUCUUCAUUUAUAAUCUUCAAAGCCUGUCAAAUGAUUUAUAAGCAAGAGCAAUCAAAAUCAACUUUCACUUCUAUUUUUGUUUACUAAUAUUCUGCUAUGUUAAUUAAAAUUUCCUGUGAUUGUAAAGCUUUGUUUUACUCAUUUUUCCUAUAAUAAAUGUAUUCACAUACUGACA